ACUUUGAAUGUUUCAGACACGCCGCUGAGAGGGAAGGGCAUCUGGAGGUUGAAUUUGUCUCUGCUGGAGGACGAGGAGGUGAUACAAUCCUUCGAGGAGUUCUUUCAGGCUCAGGAGACUGUGCUGGAUUUCUGCGACAGUAAGUUGGAGUGGUGGGAACUUACCAAAGUGCGGAUUGGCAGGUUUUUCAAGGCCAUAGGGAGGAAGAAACAACUUGAUAGAUAUGUCGCCUACCAGCGGUUGCGGAGGAGGCUCGAUCGCCUUGUCUCGAGUGGUGGAGAUCCUGGGGCAAUCUCAGAGGUGAAACUCCUUCUCAGGAAGUAUCAAUAUGAUCGGCAUGCCUCCUUGGUUCUGGAGAGGGACUACGGGAAGUACCACUCACCCGACCCUUACCAGAACUGCAAGCAUGGUGUAGCGAUUAAGACGGUCCUGGGCCUGAGAGAUAGUACGGGGUCUCUGAUGAAAUCCAAAUCAGGGAUCCUGGAGGUCUCAAGGUCCUUUUAUGCGGAUUUACUGAGUGUGAAGCGCCUCGACCGGACAAGGAUGUCGAGUUUUUUGGAUUCUACACCGGGCCUAGAAGGUAACAUCACGCCUGCAAGUUUGACAGAGGAGAUUACCGCGGAAGAGGUGGCCAAAGCCAUUGACAGUCUGGCCGUUAAGAAGACUCCUGGGCCAGAUGGCUUGACAGCAGAGUUCUUUAAAGCCUUUAAGUCCAGCUUGGCGCCUCAUCUUGCGGAGGUUUACAACUGCUGUCUGAGUGAGGGAUCUCUCCCUCCCUCCAUGAGACAGUCUGCGGUGAUCCUUUUGUCAAAGGGUAAGGAUCCUUCGGCUAUUGAGAAUUGACGC